CUCGGAGAGCGUCGACUCAUCGCCUGUGGCUUGCCCAGUUGCAACGUGACGAGAGAGAGUCGGAGAGAGCUGAAGAUUGAAAGAGCCGACAGACAGCAACGACUCGGAUGGCUUUCCCAUAUUGGCGCAUCACGAGAGCUCCCCGGCUGUCUGUGGCGCUGCAGCUGACUGCCUUCGCCCUCUAUGGGCUGAUCUCGCCCCUCCUGCUGGGCUCCCUCUAUGGCUUCCAGCCCGAACUGCUGUUGGAGCAGGAGCUGGAGCGGUACAGUUUUGCCUUCUCGGUUGCGGACGCGGUGCUGGUCAACGUGCUGAGGGGCGGUGUGUUGCUGUUCUUUUGGAUCUGCGCCGUGAUCAGGAGGCCCGCCAUAUAUGUUUCAGCUAUAGCGCUGGCCUUCACGGCCGUCAAGACGGUGGCCUUACUCAUUGGGCUGGCCAUGUAAGACGGGACAGGGAGGGAGGGAGGGAGGGAGGGUCAGUCAGGCGCGUGUGUGAUGUUCCUUGCCGUGUGUGUGUGUUUGUCUGUGGUUCCUCCAGUUCCGGCCAUGUCGGCGGUGUGUUGACUCGGCUGGGGACACUGUUUGUGUGUGUGGUUGGCGGGGCGCUGGAGAUGUACACGGUCCACCAGGGCAGCUACAAGGACAUCGACCCCGACAUCGAGCUGGACGACAAAGUGCAGCCCCUGUGCACCGACACCCACGCCCACACCAACACCCACACACAUACCAUCGUCGACCACCCCAGCCACUCGGCCGCACCCACGGAGCUGACCGUCGACUCCAGCUACACCUACCUGCCGCCAUCCAUCGGCACGGGAGCCUCGUACCGAUUCGACAACGAAGGUACACAUCUGUCGAUGACAAAGAGUGUCGAUCCACGUGUGUGUUCUCCUCUCUGUCUGCCUGGCUCCUUCAGACGACACAGAUGAUGACGACAACGACGUCAAAAAUGACAACGACGACAAGCUUCUGACGAACGGCAAUGACGGCUUGGCUUCGGGAGUGAAGGCGCCGCCGAAGGUGUCGACGGUCAAGUGCCUGAUACACUACGCCCAGCCAGAUCUGGGGCUUAUCAUUGGUAUGUGGGUGGGUGGGGGGCUGAGGGGAGGGGAGCGGAUAGGCGACCCUCGCACACACACACACCGUUUGCCGAUGUAAUGUAGGUGGCGGUUGUUUCCUGGUGCUGUCGUCUCUGACCAAGUUGAUGCUGCCAAAGUUCAUCGCCCAGUGCAUCUCUGCCGUGCUCGACAGCAGCGCCUCCGACGAGGUCUUCUGGGGCGGCGUCGUCUACCUGGUCCUCUUCUCUAUCCUCUUCUCCUUCUUCAGCGGGCUGCGCGUCUGGUCAGCCGCUCAGCAUGACAUAUCGUGACCGUUGGUCGCCGUGCAUCCCUCUCUCUCUCUCUCUGUGUGUGUGUGUGUGUGUGUCUGUGUCAGGUGCACAGCUAAGGUGGAGGUGAGGCUGGUGGCGAGGGUGCAGCGUGUGCUCUUGGCCAACCUGAUGCGGAAAGACGUGCAGUACUUCGAUGAGCACGGCACCGGGGCGCUCACCAGCAGACUCACCUCCGACGCCACGCUCCUCGGCUCCAUCCUCACCACCAACCUCAACCUGGUCGGUGAUGGAUGGACCUUCUCUGUCUCACACGCACACGCGCACACGCACACACGCCUUGUGUCCCUCCCUGCCUCCGUCCGUCCGCCAUGUGAUAUUAUAACAAGCAGGUGCUGCAGUAUUCAAUCCAAUUGGUGGGGUCGCUCCUGUUUCUGUUCCUGCUGGGGUGGCAGCUGGCGUGCGUCUACUCGGCCAUAUCGAUCGUCUUCUUCGUCGGCACCCGGCUCUUCGGCAACCUCAUACGCACCAUGCAGAGGAAGGUCCAGGACGUCAAGAGCGAUGCAAACCACGUGCGUACGCGUCUGACACCCAGACACGCCGACACGCAGCCAGGAAUGAUGAAUGAAUGGGUGUGUGUGCGUGUGGAUGCGUGUGUAGGUUGCGGACCAGGCGAUAUCGUUGAUCCGACUCGUGCGGGCUUUUGCAUCGGAGGAGUGGGAGUGCCGAAGAUACAACGAGUGGAACAGGUGAGCUGAGCGGGCGGUGUGCCUGUGUGGGCGACGGAUAACUCAUGGAGGCCACGUGUUGUUGCGGCCGAUCCGGAUCACCUGUACUCCGUGUUGCAGGCGUCAGGUAUUGCAGGAGCUUAAGAUCAAGAUGUCGUACGCCCUCUACCUGCCAUGCGUCACCAUCGUCCAGAACGGCCUGGUCAUUCUCGUGCUGCUACUCGGCGCAUGGUACCCAGAUGCCAAAUGCACACGGCGAUCAAUGGCCUUUCAUGUUGGUGCCUUUGUUCGUGCUUGCGUGUGUGGGCAGGUAUGUGUAUCACGGAUACAUGAGCGGCGAGGCCCUCACAGCGUUCCUCCUCUACAGCCAGGGCGUCGGCGAUCCCAUGAUCAACCUCGCGCAGCAAGUCGUUGCCUUGGCCACCGGCCUCGGCGCGGGCGAGAAGAUCUUUGAGAUAAUCGCCGAGAAACCCACCCUCCCCAUCAGCGGCGGCAUCGUUCCCUUUUCAACGCCCAAAGGUGAGCAUGCAAACGAACGUGGGCGCAGGCAGUUCUCCGCGUUUCCCUGUGUGUAUGUCUGUGCGAUUUGUGUGGCAUAUACUCCAGGUCACUUGGAGAUGCGUGGGGUGUGGUUCGCCUACCCCAGUGCCCCGCUGCACGCCGUGGCCCGUGACAUCAAUGUGGAGAUUAGGCCUGGUGAGCGCGUGGCUUUUGUUGGACUGUCAGGCAGCGGCAAGUCGUCCCUCCUGUCGCUGAUUCUGCGGUACUUCGAUCCCCAGCGCGGCAGCAUCGCCUUUGAUGGCCAUGACAUUCGGGUGCUCGACCCCCGGUAUGGAUGGCAGGCAAUCACGCCACAGCACCUAACGUGGCACGGCAGACGCAUGGUGUGCCUGUCUGUCUGUCUGUCUGUUGUGUGGUUUGUGAUUGCGCGCAGGUGGCUGCGCAACCGCAUCGGCAUCGUGACGCAGGAGAGCAUGCUGUUCGGCAUAUCGAUAAAGGACAACAUCGCCUACGCCAUGCCCGACGCACCUCUGGCCGACGUGCAGGAGGCCGCUGCACUCGCGUCGUGCCACGAGUUCAUCGUCGCGCUGCCACAGGGGUCAGUCUGUGGCACAUGGCAGCGAGUGACACAUGGCAGCGAAUGCAGCUGGAUAAUGAUCUCUCUCUCUCUCUCUCUCUCUCCGUCUCUCUCUGGGUGUGUGCAGGUAUGACACAGAGGUGGGCGAGAGGGGUGUGCGGCUGAGUGGCGGGCAGCGGCAGCGACUGGCGCUGGCAAGGGCGCUGAUGAGGAAGCCAACUUUGCUGCUGCUGGACGAGGCGACGAGUGCGCUGGAUGCCAAGAGCGAGGCGUCGGUGCAGCAAGCUCUCGACCUGCUGCACUCCAAGACCAAGAUGACCAUGGUCAUCGUGGCACACCGGCUUUCGACCGUCAAGGACGCCGACCGCAUCGUCGUCAUGUGUUCUGGACGGAUCGUCGAAACGGUAGCACCGCACUCACAGACACGGACACACGUGGCAUGGCAUGGGGAUGUCUUAUCUCAUGGUUGCUGUGUCUUGCUGUAAUUCAGGGCACCCACGCCCAGUUGUUAGCUCAGAACGGUGCCUAUCGGUCUCUGAUCGACCGGCAGCUACAGACGGACCUCCUCACACACACCAGGCCUCGCAGCCGCAAGCAGUCACGGCAGGACUGAAUAGAUAGACGAGAACAGAUAGGUGGUUGGGCGGGUGGCUGGGUGGGAUUGGGCGGGUUCAUUGUCUCGCCAAGCGAUUUUGCUCCACUGACUAAGUGACUGAUCUCUCGUGCUGCUGUACUUUGCUGACCCAGGGCUUCGCGUGUGUGUGUGUGUGUGACUUGUGUGUGUGACUGUGUGUGGAUACUGAUGCACACGUGUCCGUGUGUGGUGCCUUGCUUGAUUGUCUGUAUAGCUGCCUGCCUGCCCGCCUGUGUGUGUACUGGGGCAGGGCAGAAGGAGACAGGGAUUGAUGAAGGAUGAUGUCCUUACUGACAGAAACGUGGAAAAAGACAUACAACGAAU